AUGUCGACCCCCUAUUCCAGCCGUGGCGGCGGGGUCGAGGGCAGAUGCGGGGGAGGCCGUGGCACCAGCAUCCCGUGGGACUUUCUGCCUGGGCUGAUGGUCAAGGCCCCGCCCGGACCCUGCCUGCAGGCGCAGCGCAAGGAAAAGUCGCGCAACGCUGCGCGCUCCAGGCGCGGAAAGGAAAACCUGGAGUUUUUCGAGCUGGCCAAGUUGCUCCCGUUGCCCGGUGCCAUCUCCAGCCAGCUGGACAAGGCGUCCAUCGUGCGCCUCAGCGUCACCUACCUCCGCCUGCGGCGCUUUGCCGCCCUGGGGGCGCCGCCCUGGGGGCUGCGGGCCGUAGCGCCACCGGGCAGCCUGGCCCCAGGCCGCCGGGGCCCUGCGGCGCUGGCCUCGGAAGUCUUCGAGCAGCAGCUGGGAGGACACAUCCUGCAGUCCCUGGACGGCUUCGUGUUCGCCUUGAACCAGGAUGGGAAAUUCCUGUACAUUUCAGAAACAGUGUCUAUCUACCUGGGCCUGUCGCAGGUGGAGCUGACCGGCAGCAGCGUCUUCGACUACAUCCACCCGGGCGACCACUCGGAGGUGCUGGAGCAGCUGGGGCUGCGCGCCCCGACGCCUGGGCCUCCCACUCCCCCCUCCCUCUCCUCUUCCUCCUCGUCUUCCUCCUCGUCGGCGGAUGCGGCCGAGACCGAGCCCAGCCCCACGGAGGCGGCCCCCUCCAGCCGCGCGCAGGAGCGCUCCUUCUUCGUCCGCAUGAAGUCCACUCUCACCAAGAGGGGGCUGCACGUCAAAGCCUCUGGGUACAAGGUCAUCCAUGUGACGGGGCGCCUCCGGGCACGCGCCCUGGGCCUGGUGGCCCUCGGCCACACGUUGCCCCCCGCGCCGCUGUCCGAGCUCCCCCUGCAUGGACACAUGAUCGUCUUCCGCCUCAGCCUGGGCCUCACCAUCCUUGCCUGUGAGAGCAGAGUCAGCGACCACAUGGAUCUGGGGCCUUCAGAGCUGGUGGGCCGUAGCUGCUACCAGUUCGUGCACGGCCAGGACGUGACGAGGAUCCGCCAAAGCCACCUGGAGCUGCUGGACAAGGGCCAGGUGGUGACCGGCUACUACCGCUGGCUGCAGCGAGCUGGGGGCUUUGUGUGGCUCCAGUCAGUGGCCACUGUGGCAGGGAGUGGCAAGAGCCCCGGGGAGCACCACGUGCUAUGGGUCAGCCACGUGCUCAGCCAAGCGGAGGGUGACCAAGCCCCCCUGGACGCCUUCCAGCUUCCGGCCACCCAUGAGGACGUGUCCAGCCCAGGGCCAGAGCCCACAGGGUCGGCUCCCCAAGUGGAAGGGAAGCAGCCUGCCCCCCCAGACAAAGAGGAGGCCUCCCAGUCCCAGAGCAAAUGCAUCAAGAUGGAGGAAAGCCCCAAGGAGGUGACCACGGGGUCCGAGGACAGUGGAGAUGAGGAGGCCGCGGGCAGCCCCGCCCUGCUGCCGCGCCCCGAGUUCACAUCCGUCAUCCGUGCAGGGGCCCUGAAGCAGGUCCCCAUGCGGCCCUGGGGCUUGGCUCCACCAGGGGACCCAGCACCUGCCCUCCUGCACGCGGGCUUCCUGCCGCCGCCCGUGAUGCGGAGUCUGUGCGCGCCCGGCGCCAUCCGCUACGGCCCCGCAGAGCUGGGGCUCGUGUACCCGCAUCUGCAGCGGCUGGGCCCGGGCCCCGGGCUCCCGGAAGCCUUCUACCCGACCCUGGGCCUGCCAUACCCAGGGCCCGCGGCUGCCAGGUUGCAGCGGAAGGGGGACUGA